CCUCGCCAUGGACAUCUCAGAAAGUCGCCGUUUGAUAUCGCUUUAUAAAGAAUUUAAAUGUUUAUUAUAAUCUUCAUUUAUCUUUUAGAACACCACUGAUGACGGGGCUCACUAUAAAUAGGACACCGAAGGGAACACUGAAAGUAGCCGAUAUCGUCCAACUAGAAAAUACCCCCCGGGGCUCCAUCAAAAGAAAAACGGAGCUGGAGGAGUCAGUGCAUAUUGGACACUUGGAACGGGCGGCCGCGUGUGACUUGGACUGGGAGGAUGGGGAUACGGCGGUGACAGAACACUAUGACCAUGUCAAACAAUGGAUCUGUGAGUUGCCACCGCCAGACUCCCGUACCUGCAGGACGCCAGAUCCAGAUGUGUGCGCUGCUGCUGUUAUUGGAAAGGCUGCUGAAGCUAAUGCUUCAGUGCCUGGACCUAGCGGUAGCUUUGGGGUACCAGCAACGAAAGAUGUUGUCCCGUCGGUGUCGGGUUGUACAGCAUCGUCAAGGCGGGUUAUAGAUACGGUAAACGAUGGUAGCGAUUUGGAUUCAGAUUUUGACGAUGAGUUUAAUCUGGAUCAAAUCGCUACUACCGGUGGUAUGUUGAGGACUAUUCCGAAUGACGAGGAAUUGGAUGAGCCUACAACUCAUAUAGUAAAUUCCAUUGAGAGUGCCAUGGACGACGUCAUCGAUCAAAUGGUUGGCACCUCUAUUAAUUUCGAGUGGCAAGAGGACUUCAGUAGUUUCCGAGGUGUGGCCGAAGAAUUUUCGGGUCCUAACGUCGGGCCUACUGAAGACUAUGAUACGCCUUAUGAUGCCUUUACUGCUAUUUGGGGUAAAGACAUCAUAGGGCAUAUAGUCACCGAAACGAAUAGAUAUGCCAAACAGGUGAUCGAUGCAAAAACGGCAGCAGGUACACUGAAAACGUCAUCUCGUCUUCAUAAGUGGACUGACACUAAUGAAAACGAGAUGUACGUUUUCUUUUCAAUACUCAUGUUUAUGGGCUUGGAUCCACGGACAUCCCAACAUGAGUAUUGGAAGUCUACUGGCUAUCUCGAGAUGCCCAAAUUCCGAAAAUUGAUGCAAUUUAAUCGCUUCAUAUUGCUGAACAAAUUCCUUCAUUUUGAGAACAAUUCUGCAGGGGGCCAGGAUUUGUCUCAAACUGAAAGAAAUGUGCUUCCAGCAAAGUUGCGGAAACUUGCACCAAUUAUUCGGCAUUUGAAUAACAAGUUUUCAAACUUGUAUAAUUUGCAUCCCGAUAUAGCCAUAGACGAAUCACUUACACUAUUCAAAGGUCGCUUGUCUUGGAUACAAGCGAUCCGCUCAAAGUCUGCCCGCUUCGGCUUGAAAUCUUUCGAGCUUUGCGAGUCGAGGACGGGCUACCUGUAUAAAUUUGAAAUUUCUACAGGAAAAAAAUUUCUAUAA